AUGGGUCAGACUGUGUCAUGGCUGUCCAACUGGGUUUGGGCGAAGAAGGAGAUUAGGAUCCUGAUCCUAGGCCUGGACAACGCCGGAAAGACGACGCUUCUAUACAGGCUAAAGAUCGGCGAAGUAGUAACGACGAUACCCACGAUCGGUUUCAACGUCGAGUCUGUGACAUAUGGGAAACUGAACUUCAACGUGUGGGAUUUGGGUGGGCAAACAAGCAUCAGGCCGUAUUGGAGAUGUUAUUACGCCAACACCGCGGCGGUCAUCUUUGUGGUCGACUCCACUGAUAUUGAGCGUCUGCAGACGGCCGCGGACGAACUGUCCGCCAUGCUGAACGAAGAUGAACUGAAGGAUGCCGCCUUAUUGGUAUUUGCCAACAAGCAGGAUCAGCCGGGGGCAAAGGGUGCGGCCGACAUCUCGCAAGCCCUUCGGCUCGGCGAACUCAGAGACAGGAACUGGAGCAUUAUGGCAUGCAGUGCAGUAGAAGGCUCGGGCAUCAAGGAGGGAAUGGACUGGUUGUCGGUAAGUUUGAGCCUGGUUCUGAAUCUGACUGGGCCCUAA